GUUCAUUUUCAUCAGCCUCACAGCGCACUGGAAAUAUCCACAACUGCUUCUCUCCUACAAAAGUGAAUACGUUUUCGGCAGCAAAAGAUGGCUGACGUUCAACCACCCUCGGGCAAUGAAAGCCUUCAAUGCAAACCAGAUGAAACAUACAAGUAUCACGUGUACACUGCCGUCUACUCUGUUGUAUUUAUUUUUGGGCUGGUUUUUAAUAUAGCCGCCUUGUAUGUGUUCUGUUUUGUCAGCAAAAGGAAGGGAAAUGCAACAAUAUGCCUGUUGAAUCUUGCAGCUGCAGAUCUUACCUUCAUAUGUUUCCUGCCAUUUAGAAUAUCCUAUUACAGAAAUAACGCCACAUGGAUAUUCGGAGGCUCACUAUGCCGUAUUAGCACGUACUGUUUUUAUUUCAGCAUGUACGCCAGCAUACUCUUCUUGGCCUGUCUCAGUGGCUUACGAUAUUUUUCGGUGGUGUAUCCAGGAAGAGUAAGUGUUAAGACAACCAUUAAACUCUGUGCAUGUGUCUGGAUCUUUUCAGGAGUCAGCACCUCACCCUUUUUCCUGUCAGGGACCCAAAUUCGUGGAAAUGCAACACGGUGCUUUGAGCCCUCAGGGCAGUUUUCAUGGACUAGGGUUAUGUACAUGAAUUAUUUUGCUCUGAUCUGUGGAUUCUUAAUACCAUUCUUGGUUACUGUGAUAUUUAAUGGCUUACUCAUCAAGCAUAUUAGGCAUAUACCCAUGAAGAAAAAACAUAUUAGAAAACUGACCAUCAUGAUUGUCCUUGUCCUGUCAGUGUUCUCUCUCUGCUUUAUGCCAUACCACAUUCAAAGAACAAUGCACCUUUAUUAUUUGGUCCAUCACCCAAACAUCUGCAGCUUACAUGAUGUUCUUCAGAAAACCGUAGUUGCAACGUUGUGCUUGACUAUUCUAAAUAGCUGUCUGGAUCCACUGCUCUAUGUAUUUGUAGGUCAUGGGUUCAAGCCAUGCUUAAUGUUAAUAUGCAAGUCUAAGACAACUUUGUACUUAAUUCCUACCUCAACUGAUAUUGGAGACCAGCAAUUUAUGGAAGUUCAGAUGGAAGCAAUGGAUGAAGAGCAUGAAUGAUAUAUUUGCAACGAUAUCAGUACUGCCAUAUUUUUGGAGCUCUCUUAAACUCUGUACAUGUGUGUGGUUCUUUUCAGGAGCCAGCAACCUUUUUCCUGUCUGGAAAGGAGUUUGUAGCCCUCGGAGCAGUUUUUUUGGACUACGGUCAUGUACAUGAAUUAUUUUGCCCUGAUUGGUGGAUUCGCAAUACUAUUCUUGGUUAUUGUGAUAUUAAACCGGUUACACAUCACUUAAUUCCAAUGUCAACUGAUAUUAGAGACCAGCAAUUGAUUGAAGUUGAGAUGGAAAAAAUGGAUCAAGGGCAUGAAUGACGUAUUUUAGUGAUGUGCAGGCCGGCCUUUUUGGGUCGCAGGUGGGUGUGGGUUGAGCUCUUCUGACUGUUCUCUCCACCCACGACCUUACAAAUGCAGAGUUCCGACUUCAGGGUUGACAUCUUAUAGACGCAUGCCUGCUUGCCCUGCCCCAUGUGUGACAUCAUUGGCGGGGCGGGUCUCAUAAAAGGAACCUGGAAGUCAGGUGGGUGCGAGUGGAGGGAGGGCUGGCCGAGGGUGGAGGGAGAGCAGGUUGGGACAUCACUAAUGUAUUUGUUAGGGAUGCACCGAAUCCAGGAUUCGGUUUCGGAAUCUGCCUUUUUCAGCAGGAUUCGGCCGAAUCCUUC